AUGAAGUCGAAGUGUAUACACCACCUCGCCCGCACGGCGAGGCGACCCGCCCUCCUCACCCGUACUAGCAGCGUCCCCAUCACCACCACCUCCUCCCUCCGGCUGUACUCAACCCACCCGCCCAAUGCCAAACUCAACCUCCCAGUCGACUACUCCACGACCCCCCUCCUCUCACACACCUCCCAAACCGCCCUCGCAACCCCGGACCUCCCCGCCCACGUCCGCAACAGCACCACCCAGAAGAUGAACCUCUUCCAGGCCAUAAACGACGCCCUCUCCACCGCCCUAGCCUCCGACGAAUCCGUCCUCGUGUUCGGCGAGGACGUCGCCUUUGGCGGCGUCUUCCGCUGCUCCAUGAACCUGGCCGAGUCCUACGGCGCUGAGCGCGUCUUCAACACCCCGCUCACCGAGCAGGGUAUUAUGGGCUUCGCUAUCGGCGCUGCGGCGGAGGGCAUGCGUCCCGUUGCGGAGAUCCAGUUCGCUGAUUAUGUCUUUCCAGCGUUUGAUCAGAUCGUUAACGAGGCUGCUAAGAUGAGGUACAGGGAGGGCAAGACGGGGAGGAGCGCGGGUGGGUUGACGGUGAGGAUGCCCUGUGGCGGUGUCGGCCACGGCGCGCUGUAUCAUUCUCAGAGUCCUGAGAGCUUGUUCACGCACAUUCCUGGUUUGAGGGUGAUUAUGCCGCGGUCGCCGCUGCAGGCAAAGGGCCUCUUGCUCGCCGCCAUCCGCAGCAACGACCCCUGCAUCUUCAUGGAGCCUAAGAUCCUCUACCGCGCUGCCGCCGAGCAGGUCCCCACCGAGGACUACGAGCUUCCCCUCUCCAAGGCGGAGAUUCUCAAGCCUGGCGAGCACGUCACGAUGAUUUCGUACGGUCAGCCGCUCUACAACUGUAUGGCGGCCAUUGAGCGCGCUGAGAAGGACUUUGGCGUGUCUGUCGAGCUUAUUGAUCUGAGGACCAUUUAUCCUUGGGAUAAGGAGUGUGUGCUUAAUAGCGUGCGCAAGACCGGAAGGUGUAUCGUCGUGCAUGAGUCCAUGGUGAAUGCUGGCGUUGGUGCUGAGGUGGCGGCUGCGAUUCAGGAGGAUGAGAAGACUUUCGUGAGGCUCGAGGCUCCGGUUACGAGGAUUGCGGGGUGGAGUAUUCCCACGCCGUUGAUGUUUGAAAAGUUUAACUUCCCGGAUGUUGCGAGGAUAUACGAUGGAGUCCGAAGGGUAAUGGAAUAUUAG